AUGGAGCAUUUUCAAAAGGUUGCGGCAUUCUACCAGGACGAAGUCAGCGACACUACUACCAAAGACUCUUGCUUCUCCUUCACGUACCUUGCCGAAACCCCCUUGUCACCAAAAGCGCUCAACCUCCUAGCCAAAGGCCCACAACACCCAAGCGCAGUCUCCUUGAAGAAUAAAGAUCUACCUCUUCUCCAAAUCAAACUUGCACCGUAA